CAAAGUCUUGUCAUGACAAUCGUAAACUUGGCCCAGAACUUUGUCGGUAGCAAUAAUUUAAAUCUGUUGCUACCUAUUGGUCAAUUUGGCACACGAAUUCAUGGUGGAAAGGACGCCGCCAGCGGCAGAUAUAUAUUUACCAAACUCAGUCCUCUUGCACGGCUUGUGUUUCCCAAACAUGACGAUCAUAUUCUUCACUUCCUCGUUGAGGACAAUCAAAUGAUCGAGCCCGAAUGGUAUUGUCCUAUCAUUCCUAUGGUGUUGGUUAAUGGUGCCGAGGGUAUUGGGACCGGUUAUAGCACAAAAAUACCCAACUUUGACGUCAGGCAACUCGUACAGUACGUGAGGGAUGUAAUAGAAGAUCGCCAAACCGAAACACUGCAUCCAUGUUAUAAGAACUUUAAAGGAGAAAUCAGACAAACGGAUCCACAAAAGUAUGUAGCACGUGGUAUUGCCAACGUCGUUGACGAGAAAAGUAUUGAAAUUACCGAGCUUCCUAUUGGAACGUGGACACAACCGUACAAAGAAAACGUUUUGGAAUCGAUGUUGCAUGGCAGUAAUAAAUACAAGGCUUGCAUUAGCAACUACAAGGAGUACAACACAGACACAACAGUCGAGUACUUGGUAGAAAUGAACGAUGAGAAUAAAAUGGCAACGAUGACCGAGGCCAUUAUGAAGAAAUUUAAUUUGCUGUCGUGUAUUAAUCUCACCAACAUGGUGUUGUUUGAUUCCUACGGCAGGAUAAAGAAGUAUGAAACGGUUGACGAUAUCAUCCGAGAGUAUUACGCAGUUCGCUUAGAGUGUUACGUAAAGCGCAAGGAUUUCCUUGAAGGAAUGCUUGAUGCCGAAGCUAAAAGACUGACUGCUCAGGCAAGAUUUAUUUUAGAAAAGAUUAAAGGUGUUAUUGUUAUUGAAAACAAGAAAAAAGCUGAAAUAGUUGCGAAACUCGUUCAGCGAGGUUAUCCAUCCGAUCCAGUGAAAACAUGGAAAGAGACUGUAAAGAAACCUACAUUGACCGUUGUAGAAACUGAUGCUCCAGAGUCUGAGAGCGAGAUCAGCUCGGAUAGUUCGGCUUCGAACAUUUCUUCAGGACCUGAUUACGGUUAUCUUGUGAGCAUGGCCAUACUUAGUCUCUCAGAAGAAAAAAAGGAUGAACUGUUAAAGCAAAGAGAUGAUAAGAUAUCUGAACUGGCUGCGCUGCGCGAAAAGGCGCCAAAGGAUUUGUGGCUGGAAGAUCUUGACGCAUUUCUUGAAGAACUCGAAAUUGUCGAGACCAAAGAACGCGAGGAUGCUGAAGCUUCUGCUGCGAAAAAAGCAAAAGACAAAUCAAAGAAAAGCGAAAAGAAAACCGGCAAAAAGAAAGCCGCUGCUAAGUCGAAAAAAUCAAAAACUAUCACGGAAUCGGAAAAUGACGAUUGCGGUUUCAGCAUUGAAAGUGACAACAUUUUAUCUUUAACCGAGCGCUUAGGCUUAAAAAGAUUUGAGGAGACCUCGGACACGAGCUCCGUGAGCAGCAAGAAGUCAAAAUCAAGUAAAAGCAAGACGAAAUCUGCGGACAUUACGUCAUUCAUGGAAAAAGUGAGCAAGCCUAAAGAGGACACUGUGUCAUCUUCCACUAAAGCUAAAGUUAAAAAGCUCAUGUCUCCUUCAAAACGGAAUGCAACCAGGGGGGUGCGGAUCGUAGAUGAUGACUCUGACACAUCUACCGCUAGCAACGUCGUAAAGGCAUCAAAAAGGAAGAAUGCAACCAGGGGGGUCCAGGACGUAGAUGAUGACUCUGACACAUCUACCGCUAGCAACGUCGUCUUAAAGGCAUCAAAAAGAAGGAAGACUGCAACUAAGACGAAGGUCGUAGAUGAUGACUCGGAGUUGUCCGACGAUGACAACGUUAAAGUGAAGCCAUCCAAAAGGAAGAAGAAAUUUGCAGAGAAAGAUGUCGUGGAAAUCGACUCUGAUCAAUCUGAACCAACUAGUGCGCCUGUUUCAUCCAAACCGUCAAAGCCACGAGCAAAGAAGUCUAAAAGAACAACCAACACAAAGUCAACAACCCCACCCAAGAGAGCACGUGUUGUUGCUUUAAGUAGUGAGGACGACGAUGUUGACAACUCGUCACCGGUUAAACGACCUUCCCGACGUCAAAACACUGCUAAAAAAUAUAACUUUGAUGACGAAGAUGAAAGCGAUGAGGAUAAUGUAUCAAAUGCGGAGGAUGAUUGGAUGGUGGAUAACGAUGAUAGUGAUUUUGACUUGUGAUCGUAAUGAAGCCUUGAGAAUUCCUAUCGAACUUGUUUAUUGAAAGUUGUUUUAUUCAGGGGAUCUAAUGAAAAUCGUGGUUUCAUGUUUUUACUUUCACUUGCAUUGAAGCGUACUGCACGAUUUAAUUUAUCAUUUAUACUGGGGGAUAGGUGUCUAAGCUCAGUUUUUACCUUUAACAAAUACGUUUAUAAGUAUCCUUUUAUUUGUGUAUGGCUUUAUGUAUAUUACAUUUAGGGCUUAUACAUAUUCAUAUAAAGUCAAACUGUACAAAUACAUAAACAUUUAAUUUUGCUUC